AUGACCAUGGCAUUCACCAAAAAGAUUGACCGCGCCCGGCAAUGGGCCGGCGAAAAGAUGGGCGGCGAGGCCCGGACCAGCCAGUCUGACGAGUUCCAGACGCUCGAGGCCGAGAUGGGCAUGCGCCAAGCCGGUAUGGAGAAUCUCCAGAAAUCCGCCAGCGUCUACGUCAAAUGGGCCUCCCGUCGAUGCGAUGGCUACGAAGACAAGAACCGCAGCACUCCCCUCGCCCUCGUCGGCCGCUCCAUGUCCGCCCACGCCAACGAGUUGGAGGCCAACUCCGAGUUCGGCAGCUGUCUUUCCCACGUCGGCCGCGCCAACGAACGCGUCGCCGAUAUUCACAGCAGCUACGUCGAAGAUGUCUCGACGAGCUGGCUGCAGCAUCUUGAGCGGAGCGUCACCAUGAUGAAGGAGUACCAGGCUGCCCGCAAGAAACUCGAAAGCCGCCGCCUUGCCUACGACGCCAGUCUGGCCAAGAUGCAAAAGUCAAAGCGCGACGAUUUCCGCGUCGAGGACGAGAUGCGCGUCUGCAAGACAAAAUUUGACGAUUCAACCGAGGACGUUCUCCGCAGGAUGCAGGACAUCAAGGAUGCCGAGGUAGACAACGUCAGCGCACUCAACUCGCUCCUUGAUGCCGAGCUGGACUUCCAUGAGCGGGCAGCUGAGGAGCUGCGCCGCACUCGCCAGUCCCUCGCCGAGGUCACCCUCUCCGCCCCGGCUUCCCGGGACGGUCUCCACGUGGCUCGGGCUCGUUCACGCCCAGCCUUGAUCGAGCGUAUACCGAGCAGCCGUCGUCUCGCUUCCUCGCAAGCCAUGCCCCCACCGCCACCACCGCCUCAAACCACCAGACCGUCCAUGGCGAGGGCGUCCACGUUCGCAACGCGCAGAGCCUCUUCCAACACGGCGGCGGCAAGGGCUCCCGCGUUCCCAAGACACACGACCGACACGGCCCUGCACGGCGGUAGGCUGGAUGAUGGUUUCAGCGAUGAUGAGUCGUCGGCUAGCGAGAGCGGAAGUCCGGGCUGGGGGAACCGCAGCAUCAGCUCCACGACGAGCCACGACAGCCUCGCUCGGGUGGCAAGCGCGCCGGCAGCCAAGAAGGGCCGGCCUCCUCCUCCUCCCGUUAACCGGGCCAAUAAGCCGCCUCCCCCGCCUGUGCCUGCACGGAGGGCCCAUCUGGGGUGCUGA